AUGAAUCCUGAAUACGACUACCUGUUCAAGCUCCUCCUCAUCGGUGACUCCGGUGUCGGAAAGUCCUGCUUGCUGCUCCGGUUCGCAGACGACACAUACACCGAGAGCUACAUCUCCACCAUCGGUGUUGACUUCAAAAUCCGGACCAUCGAACUCGAUGGCAAAACGGUCAAACUUCAAAUUUGGGACACAGCUGGUCAGGAGCGUUUCCGCACAAUCACUUCCUCGUACUACCGAGGUGCCCACGGCAUUUGUGUUGUCUACGAUGUUACCGACAUGGACUCGUUCAACAACGUGAAGCAGUGGCUUCAGGAGAUCGACCGAUAUGCUACGGAGGGCGUGAAUAAGCUGCUAGUGGGCAACAAGUCCGAUAUGGCUGAUAAGAAGGUGGUUGAGUACACCGUGGCAAAGGAAUUCGCAGACAGCCUCGGCAUUCCAUUCCUCGAGACGUCGGCAAAGAGCGCAACCAACGUCGAGCAGGCCUUCUUGACCAUGGCCCGCCAGAUCAAGGAGCGUAUGGGCACAACAACGGCCAACACCAAGCCCACAGUACCCAUUGGGCAGGGCCAAGGUGUUCAGAGCGGAUCCGGCGGAGGCUGCUGCUAG